AUGUCUUCGAACAAGAACCGUCUGUAUAUCGCGCUAUACCCUAGUGGAGUUGUGGGUAAUGAAGAAAGAAGAUUCCAUUGGGCGUUCCUGAUUGGACCGAAAGCGGAGAAGAGUGUCGUCCCUGGUGUUCGUUAUCACGUGAAGAACAUGUACAUGGGCGGAUGGCAAUAUGAGGAGAAGGGUGUCGACGAUGUCCGAUCAACGAAUACAUUGCUCGCGCGUUUCGUCAUUGGAAAAGUGGAGGAUGAACGUCGGCUGAUCGAUCUUCUUCGAAAUCUACCAGUCGUUAAUGGAGACCCAAAUUGGAGGUGUCGCAGCUGGAUUGCGAAGGCUCUUACGGAAAUUGCGAAAGACGGGAAGUGUGUUGGCACUUCUGAGCUGAAUUGGGGGCACAUUGAGGCAUUCGCAAGACAAUACGUCGCUCAAAAAACUGCUGCAGGAAGGUACGCAACGGCAGAGGAUUUAUUGAAGCCCAAACCAACAUAUGAUUUGCUUGGGCGAAAGGAGACUGUGCCUUGA